AUUGACCCCUUAUAUCUUCAUAUAGGGGUUCUUCCUAUCCAGACUGACCCCCUAUUUCUCUGUGCGCUCCAACCGACCCCCUAAAUCUGACCCCUUAUAUUUCACUCACCCAUAUUUUAAUAUUAUCCUUUAACUACCAAAUUAAUUCUAACGGCUAUAUUUCUAACGGUUUUUUCCCAACAGCUAUUUUUUGCAACGGUUACUUUUUUUCAACGUUUUUUUUUUUCAACGGCUAUUUUUCCCAACGGCUAUUUUUUCCCAACGGCUACUCUUUUGUCCAACAGCUAUUUAUUUUUCAACGGCUACUUUUUUUCAAACGGCUAGUUUUUUCUAACAGCUACUUCCAACUCUAUGUAAACCCGGCCAGUCCCCGGUUGCCAUUCACAAGUCACACUCCUUUGUAGUUCCCUCUCUGAUCGAAAUGAGUCAUCAUUUUCUGGUAGAUUCAUCGUCGUCGGAGGAGGAUGAUGACGACGAAUUCAUUCUUGCUACACUACACCAAGCACACACUCAAUAUGCGCUUUUGAAUGCUGCACGACCUGGGGGUUCUGUGCCUGGACGUCAGUAUAUCAACCGCAACAGAGAAGCCGGGCAUUGGAGGCUAUACGAAGACUACUUUUCAGAUGCUCCUACCUACGGUCCAACUUUCUUUCGUCGCAGGUUUAGAAUGUCUCGUUCUCUAUUUCUUCGCAUACUGCAAGCUGUAGAACAACAUGAUGAUUAUUUUGUGCAGAAAAGAGAUAGAAUCAGACGUCUUGGGUUAUCUCCUUUGCAGAAGAUAACCGCAGCAUUUAGGAUGCUAACUUAUGGAGUAGCAGCAGAUGCUACUGAUGAUUAUAUUCGGAUUGCAGAAAGUACUGCUGUAGAGAGUCUUAAAAGGUUUGUGAAAGCUAUUGUUGAAAUCUUCGGUGAUGAGUACCUAAGAUCCCCAAAUGAUAAUGAUACAGCUAGAUUACUUACAAUUGGAGAGCAAAAGGGUUUUCCCGGUAUGCUUGGGAGCAUAGAUUGCAUGCAUUGGAAGUGGAAGAAUUGCCCUGCAGCAUGGCAAGGUCAGUUUACCGGUCAUGUGCACGAGCCCACCAUUAUUCUAGAAGCCGUUGCUUCACAUGAUCUUUGGAUUUGGCAUGCCUUCUUUGGUUUACCAGGAUCUCACAAUGAUAUUAAUGUUCUGCACCGUUCUCACCUAUUUGCAAAUCUAGCUGAAGGGCACGCUCCAGAAGUGAACUACACCAUUAAUGAUCAUAAUUAUACAAUGGGGUAUUACCUUGCAGAUGGCAUAUAUCCUCAAUGGGCCACAUUUGUUAAGCCAAUACCAUCUCCACAAGGGAAUAAGAGGAAAUAUUUUACGAAAGUACAAGCAGCGGUGAGGAAGGAGGUGGAACGAGCAUUUGGAGUUCUGCAAUCUCGUUUUGCCAUUGUUCGUGGGCCAGCAAGAUUUUGGGAUCAAGACACACUAGGACAAAUCAUGACAGCUUGUAUCAUCAUGCAUAAUAUGAUCGUUGAAGAUGAGCGAGAUGCAGAAGGUGACCACCAUUUUGAUGGGAUGGGAGAAGUUGUGACAGCUUCUCAUCGUCCUACGGCUGAACUGCAAGCGUUUCUUCGAACUCAUCUAGCCAUUACUAACAGGGAAACUCACUCACAGCUUCGUGAUGAUCUAGUCGAGCACCUGUGGAAAAAAUAUGGAGGGGUGUAG